AAAAGGUCGGUCGCAUGACAUGAAAAGCGUGGAGAGACAGGUACAUCUUCACUUUAUAACUUUAAAAAAAAAACAAACAAACAAAAAAGUGUUCUGUCAUAGCUGACUGUUUUCAAGCAUUCACACAGACAAGUUACUUUAAGUUAGUUUGUCUUCGCUGCAUUUAACAUUGCACAGUACAAGUAGGUACAGUCAGACAGUAGCUUGCAAAAUGUGCUGUUUAAUCCACCUCGGGAGCCCUCGUGGAAAGGCGUUGUGCUGAAAAUGGAUUUGUCUUUUAUAAUUAUGUGCGUUUGCGCUGCAAGAGUGUGAGCAGUGCUGAGUGACUUAGCAACAGCAUCACUCCUGCAAUACAACGUCCUCUUCGCUCUCCUCCCCACCACUCUUCUCAAACACAGGAACUCCGCGAAACAUUUCGAUCUGCCUUCACCUCAGUCAGCUUCAAACAGAAACGGCUUAAUGGAUAAGAUGACCAUGUAGAAUGUUACAAGCUGAGACAACCAGAAUGGGAAACUGUAUAUGGAGAGGAGCUGGACUGCAGCCUUGAAAGCAGGCACCCCUCUAGACUUUUAACAGGGCUUUUGGCACUAUUGGAUUGUAUUUUUUUCCCCUAACCUGAAGAAUUCUUCGUAAUAUUUAAUUGACAGUAAAAGCAACUGGAUUUUCUAAAAUUAGCCCCUUUGAUUCAGAAGCUCUGCUUUUUCACUGAUAGCAUUUUAACCUUUAAAAAAAUAAAAAUUAAACUAGAGAGCUACAAGCAAUACAAGCAACCAUGGGGGACAUGACAAACAGCGUUUUUUACGCAAAGAACCAAAGAAACGAGGCCAAGGGGGAGUUUGGCUGCACGCUGGAAGAGCUGCGCUCCCUCAUGGAACUGCGAGGCUCGGACGCUGUCAUCAAAAUCCGGGAGGACUAUGGGGAUACGAACGGGCUCUGCAGGCGUUUGAGAACAUCGCCAACAGACGGCUUGCUCAACAACCCGCUGGAUUUAGAAAAAAGAAAAGAUGUCUACGGGGAAAACUUUAUACCUCCAAAGAAGCCAAAAACUUUCUUACAGUUAGUCUGGGAAGCACUGCAGGAUGUGACCCUUAUUAUCUUAGAACUCGCAGCCAUUAUAUCCUUGGGACUCUCUUUUUAUCAACCUCCAGGAGCGGGGAUUGAAUUGUGCGGUGCUGCUUCAGGUGGAGUGGAGGAUGAGGGGGAAUCCCAAGCCGGCUGGAUCGAAGGCGCUGCUAUUUUACUAUCUGUAGCCUGUGUUGUAAUUGUUACUGCCUUUAAUGACUGGAGCAAGGAGAAGCAGUUUAGAGGCUUGCAAAGCCGCAUUGAACAGGAACAGAAAUUCUCUGUGGUCCGGGCUGGCACAGUCAUUCAGAUUCUGGUUGCAGAUAUUGUCAUCGGGGACAUUGCACAAGUAAAAUAUGGUGACCUACUUCCUGCAGAUGGGAUUUUGAUACAGGGAAAUGACCUGAAGAUUGAUGAAAGUUCAUUAACUGGAGAAUCAGACCAUGUGAGCAAAGCUCCAGACAAGGACCCCAUGCUUCUUUCUGGUACCCACGUGAUGGAGGGUUCAGGGAGGAUGGUGGUCACUGCAGUGGGGGUCAACUCUCAGACUGGCAUCAUCUUCACACUGCUGGGGGCCAGUGCAGAGGAGGAGGAGAAGAAAGAGAAGAAAGGUGAGACAAUUGAGGAUGGAUACCAGCCAUCAGACUCCUCACAUCAGUCCUCCCACCCCAUCUCAACUAUAGCUACAGAUGGUGCAGCAGGUGCAAGUGCCACUGGUAAUACCAGCUUGGUCAAUGGUAAAAUACAGGAUGGGAAUAUGGAGAACAACCUGAAUAAAGCUAAGAAAAAAAACCGUGCAGCCGCCAUGGAGAUGCAGCCUCUGAAGAGUGCCGAGGGAGGUGUUGGAGUUGAGAAGAAGAAGAAGCCUCAUAUGCACAAGAAAGAAAAGUCUGUUCUUCAGGGCAAACUGACCAAGUUAGCUGUUCAGAUUGGCAAAGCAGGCUUAAUAAUGUCUGCUAUUACAGUCAUCAUUCUGAUACUGUACUUUACUAUUCAAAAGUUUGUGAUUGAGAAGACACCGUGGUUGCCAGAAUGCACCCCGGUCUACAUUCAGUAUUUUGUCAAGUUCUUCAUCAUUGGUGUCACCGUCCUGGUGGUUGCUGUCCCUGAAGGCCUCCCGCUGGCUGUCACCAUCUCCCUGGCCUACUCUGUUAAGAAAAUGAUGAAGGAUAACAACUUGGUCCGACACUUGGAUGCUUGUGAAACUAUGGGCAAUGCGACUGCAAUCUGUUCUGAUAAAACAGGUACCCUCACAACCAAUCGGAUGACAGUUGUGCAGGCCUAUGUUGGGGACACUCACUAUAAAGAGAUCCCAGACCCUGACGCCCUUCCAGCAAAAACACUGGAUCUCAUUAUUUACUCAAUCUCGAUCAACAGUGCAUAUACAACGAAAAUACUGCCCCCUGAUAAAGACGGGGGUCUUCCACGGCAGGUGGGGAACAAGACUGAAUGUGGUCUUCUUGGGUUUAUUCUGGACCUGAAGCGAGAUUAUCAACCAAUUCGGAAUCAGAUCCCAGAGGAGAAGCUGUACAAGGUCUACACAUUCAACUCUGUGAGGAAGUCAAUGAGCACAGUGACGAAACUGCCCAAUCGGAGCUUCAGAAUGUACAGCAAAGGGGCCUCUGAGAUAAUCCUUAAGAAAUGCAGCUAUAUUCUGAAUGCAGUAGGAGAGCCUCGCGUCUUCAGGCCCCGGGACCGUGACGAAAUGGUGAAGAAGGUGAUUGAGCCCAUGGCUUGUGAGGGUCUCAGAACCAUCUGCAUAGCUUACCGUGACUUCCCAGCCAGCCCAGAGCCUGACUGGGACAAUGAAAAUUACAUUUUAAAGGACCUGACUUGCAUCUGUGUGGUUGGCAUUGAAGAUCCAGUAAGGCCUGAGGUCCCAGAAGCCAUCAGAAAAUGCCAGCGUGCUGGAAUCACCGUUCGCAUGGUUACCGGUGACAAUAUCAACACUGCCCGUGCCAUUGCCAUUAAAUGUGGCAUCAUUCACCCAGGAGAAGACUUCUUGUGUAUAGACGGGAAAGAGUUCAACAGAAGAAUCCGGAAUGAGAAAGGAGAAGUCGAACAAGAACGAAUUGACAAGGUCUGGCCAAAACUACGUGUGCUUGCAAGAUCCUCGCCCACUGACAAGCACACCUUGGUAAAAGGUAUCAUUGAUAGCAAACAGGUGGGGCAGAGGCAGGUAGUGGCAGUGACUGGCGAUGGGACCAACGAUGGACCUGCUCUGAAGAAGGCAGAUGUUGGAUUUGCUAUGGGCAUCGCUGGCACUGAUGUAGCGAAGGAAGCCUCUGAUAUUAUUUUGACAGAUGACAAUUUCUCAAGCAUUGUGAAGGCGGUAAUGUGGGGGCGGAAUGUUUACGACAGCAUCUCCAAGUUCCUUCAGUUCCAGCUGACUGUGAACGUUGUGGCUGUGAUUGUUGCGUUCACAGGGGCUUGCAUAACCCAGGAUUCUCCACUUAAAGCUGUCCAGAUGUUGUGGGUCAAUCUCAUAAUGGACACUUUUGCCUCAUUGGCCUUGGCCACAGAGCCUCCGACAGAGUCUCUUUUGACGAGGAAACCAUAUGGCAGAAACAAGCCGCUCAUAUCCCGCACGAUGAUGAAAAACAUCCUUGGCCAUGGCAUCUAUCAGCUUGUAAUUAUCUUCACCCUGCUGUUUGCUGGUGAACAGAUUUUCGACAUCGACAGUGGCAGGAAUGCUCCGCUCCACGCCCCCGCAUCCGAACACUACACCAUUAUCUUCAACACGUUUGUUAUGAUGCAGCUCUUCAAUGAGAUCAAUGCUCGGAAAAUCCACGGUGAAAGAAACGUCUUUGAUGGCAUUUUCAGGAACCCCAUCUUCUGCUCUAUUGUUUUAGGCACACUUGGCGUUCAGAUUAUCAUCGUGCAGUUUGGUGGAAAACCCUUCAGCUGCUUUCCACUUGAUGUUGACAAGUGGCUUUGGUGCCUGUUUAUUGGAUUCGGAGAACUCUUAUGGGGGCAGGUCAUAUCAACCAUUCCAAAAAAUAGUCUCAAUUUCCUAAAAGGAGCAGGGCAGCUCACACAUAAGGAUGAGAUGCCAGAAGAGGAAAUGAAUGAAGAUACAGAAGAGAUCGACCACUCAGAGAGAGAACUGCGACGUGGCCAGAUCCUGUGGUUCCGUGGGCUUAACAGGAUUCAGACUCAAAUGGAAGUAGUGAAUACAUUCAAGAGUGGCACUUCCUUUCAGGGAGCCCUGAGGCGGCAGUCCUCCACCACCAGUCAACAUCAGGAUGUAACCAAUAUUUCUAGCCCUAGUCAAAUCCGCGUCGUGAAGGCAUUCCGUAGCUCCCUCUAUGAAGGAUUGGAGAAACCUGAAUCGAAAUCCUCCAUUCACAACUUCAUGACUCAUCCAGAGUUCAGAAUAGAAGACUCCCAGCCCCACAUCCCCCUUAUAGAUGAUACAGACAUAGAAGAAGAUGCUGCUCUCAAGCAAAACUCGAGUCAACCCUCAUCACCCAACAAGAAUAACAACGCUAUCGACAGUGGAAUUAAUCUUACCACCGACACAAGUAAAUCAGCUAGUUCUUCAAGUCCAGGAAGUCCUCUACACAGCCUGGAGACUUCACUUUAGCUGAACAUAUCUUUGCAAAUAAAAACAACAACAACAACAAAAUCGAAUCAACUGCUGACUGAAAAACGGUUUUAAAUGAGCUACUCUUCCCUGUGAGGGAAAGUAAGACAUCACUAACGAAGUGAUUAGAACAAAUCAACCCCCCCCCCCCCCCCC